AAUUAGUAUACUGAAUACAUAUAGGCCUACUAUUUACAUGCAUUGGUUUUAUUAUUCGGCCAUACUGUACAGUAUUACGUUUUUACUCACCUUGGAAAUUUCAUUGCCAUGUACAACUAAUUUUGGGCGUGUGCUAGCUAUAUUGUUGAAUAAAACAAUGUUAGGCGUUGCAAAAUAGGAGCUAGAAUAAUAGGUUCUUUGAUAAGGCCUGCUAUACCGUUCAUACAGCCCGCUUGGAAUAAUUAUUUUCAAUUCAAUAAAUCGCGCGUUUUUAAUAUCCAAUAGAAAGCCUUGAGUAGUAGCCUAGGUAACGUGAAGUCCUACUUUGCAUAUCUCACUCUAUAAAUACCGUGCUCGUUUAAGGAGUUAUCACUUAUCUAUUCGUAGACUGUCUAGAAACAUGCCUCCAAAAACUUCAGGAAAAGCUGCUAAAAAGGCCGGUAAGGCUAAAGCCGUAAGAACUGGCGAUAAGAAAAGAAAACGUAAGCGAAAGGAAAGUUAUAGCAUCUACAUCUACAAGGUGUUGAAGCAAGUUCACCCAGACACUGGUAUCUCGAGCAGAGCCAUGGGAAUCAUGAACAGCUUCGUCAACGACAUCUUCGAACGUAUUGCCGGUGAAGCAUCUCGUCUUGCUCACUACAACAAGAAAUCCACCAUCACCAGCAGGGAAGUCCAGACCGCUGUUCGUCUCUUGCUGCCUGGUGAAUUGGCUAAACAUGCCGUGUCUGAAGGCACCAAGGCUGUCACCAAGUACACCAGCUCCAAGUAAACAUGACGGCGCAAUUUCAAACCAAACGGCUCUUUUCAGAGCCACCAAAAGUUCAAAAGA